AAAGGAACAAAAUAGAAGCUGCUCGUCGCAGGCGCUGUUGCGUUGCAAAAUAAAGAAAAACAAUCAAAAUUUCACCAAAGCUAAGCUGCACAGCUACCAAAACGGCACACCGCGCCGACUCUAUGUCAUUGUUAACUCAAUUGCUGCUGAAUUUCAAUCAAAAGGCCCAAUUCCGCAGCCAGCACAACUUAGAGCUGAUAAACUCCUUCAUAACAUAACAAAAAGUUGUGAGAUUCGAGCAGCUCGCGCCUUCAAUCAAAAGACGCGAACGCCAAACGCUUCUAAACGCCGCCCACUUAGGGAGAAAACCGCAAACAUUUUUUACCGGAAGAGAAAAAAGAAAUCAAAUCAAAAGAAAAUGAAUUUAAAUCUGUGCGCUAUAGCGCUGCUGCUGUUUGGCAGCCUCUCGGGCGCCCAGAGUCGCGCCGUGGACAUUGUGGACGACAGCAACGAUGUGGACAACUCCAUUGAGACGGAGGAGGUGCCGCAGUCCCAGUCGAAGCACCGCAACCGCGCCUUCGAGGACGACUGGCUGAAGUUCAUCAAAACUCCACCAAACAAGAUGCAACAGGCGCCCGGCGCCACCCUCGAGAUCGCCUGCGAGAUGAUGGGCUCCCAGGUGCCCAGCAUCCAAUGGAUUGUCGGUCACAUGCCACUCUCUGAGAUUGAUAAUCUGGAAUCGAACUCGAUCACGGAGGAUGCGCCCACGGCGAUCGUUCGUGUGCGCUCCGUGCACAUUGUCGAUCACAUGCUGAGCGAGCCGAGAAUCUACACGUGCAUCGGACGCACUGGCUCCAAGACCAUCUAUGCCAGCACCGUGGUGCAUCCCUCGCACGCUGACCAGGAGCUGGGUAAUCUGAUCGUACCCGAGAAGCAGUACCAGGGCCCGCAGAAGCCGCGUAUCAUCUACACCGAGAAAACCCAUCUGGAUCUGAUGGGCUCGACCAUCAUGCUGCCCUGCAAAGUGCAUGCCCGCCCGCACGCCAAGAUCACCUGGAGGAAUAACGAGGACAAGGAAAUCGUGCAGAGCCAUCGCUUCAAGGUCCUGCCCACCGGAGAUCUGCUCAUCUCUGACCUUAAAUGGGAGGAUAUGGGCAACUACAAGUGUAUAGCGCACAAUGCUGUGGGCCGAGACUCAGCCGAUACCUUCGUAUACCCCGUACUUAAGGAAGACUAAAGAUUCCACCCAAGGCUAUUCGAUUGGACAUUUUUAGUUAGUUAGAUAGAUCAAAUGCCUUUGAAGAUGCGCGAAAGAUAAAAACAACACUAAAAAAUACAAAAAAAAAAAAAAAAAAAAAAAAAAAAAAAAAAAAAAAAAAAAAAAAAAAAAAAACAAAACAAAAAUGAAGAAAAAGAAAAGAAAGCUUAAGCUUAAGUUUAACUCUAGAAUCUAAUGCCGGCUUAGACUUUAAUGUUUUCAAUCAUUUCCUUGUUUUUUUCAUCCACCUCGAAUUAGUUACGAAUAUUAUUUUUAACGGUAUUUGAUUAGGUUCUUGAUAUCUAAUAUAGCAUUUGCUUGUUUCUUCAAUUUUACCUUUUAGUUGUUCAGGUAAACAAGUUUCGUUUAUAUGUAA